AUCUGGUGAAGUUGCUGGCAUCAGCCAGUUAUCAAAACGUAAGACGUCGCAUCUACCGAAGGGUUGUUAACAAUUACCGCGAGACUGUAAAUGCGGAGGAAGCUAAGAUGCUUCGAGAUUCCGCUUACCAAGCUUUGAGAUAUACAAUGACUUACGUGACCAGUUUCGGUGGACUUAUACACAUUAUUUUCUCUAAUACUUCCGAUCUGUUGGAGUCCUUUAGAUAUUUAUUAGUGCUCAUAGUUGUAACACUGCAUUUUUAUGUGAUGUUUUCGCAAGGUCAAAAGAUCAUUGAUUGCACCUCCGAAAUAUUUGAUGCUUGUUACAAUUCCAGAUGGUACUGUAUGUCAAGGAAGAUGCGCACUAUACGGUUAAUAAUGAUGAUACGAAGCUUGAAACCCUGUGGGAUAACCGGUGCCAAGUGUUUCACUUUGUGUCUCGAAACCUACAGCAGGAUGCUCAAAGCUGGCGUAUCUUAUUAUACUGUAUUUGAACGUUAAUCAAGUAGUAUUAUAAUCUAAUUUUUCUUUUCUUCG